AGCUCGGGGGCCGCCAUCUUGGCGGAAAGUUUCGGGGGAGAGCGGUUGGGGGCGCGGAAGGAGGCGAGGUUCCGGGGGUGGGGCGUGCAGGCGGCAACUGGGCGAGCGGGCCGGGGGGCCGCGGCGAGCGGGGAGGCGGCGCGGCCGAGAAGGAGGACGAGGCCGCGGGGGUGCGGCGGCCCAGGAGAGCUCCUCCCCCGUCCCUUCACCCCCUCCGCUCGGCUCCGCGGGCCCCGGGCGGGGCGGGGGUACGUGGAGCGGGGCCGGGCUGGGGAGCUGCUCCGAGUCUGGCCGGGGCGCACCCCAGUUCCGAGCGCACGCCGCUCACCGCAACUUUGUGGCGGCGCCGCAGGUGUGGGGGCCCGCGGAGGUGUGCAUGCGGGGCGCGAGGGCGUCGCGGAGAGCGGCCGCUGCCCUGUCCGGCCCCCGCUGGAGCAGCCCGGAGGCAGCGAGCAAGGAGAAAGGCAAGCGAGAGGAGGGGGCCCGAGCAGGGCGGGCGGCCAGUCCCGCUGGUCCCCUCUCAGCGCUCUGCGGCCGCUGCUGGCUCAGGGGCCAAGGGUCGGAGCGCUUCACCCGCCCGUACCCAGUAGCAGGUGUGUGCCCUCUUCCUGAUUCUGGAGAAAAAUGCCGGUCCGGAAGCAAGAUACCCAGAGAGCAUUGCACCUUUUGGAAGAAUAUCGUUCAAAACUAAGCCAAACUGAAGACAGACAGCUCAGAAGUUCCAUAGAACGGGUUAUUAACAUAUUUCAGAGCAACCUCUUUCAGGCUUUAAUAGAUAUUCAAGAAUUUUAUGAAGUGACCUUACUGGAUAAUCCAAAAUGUAUAGAUCGUUCAAAGCCGUCUGAACCAAUUCAACCUGUGAAUACUUGGGAGAUUUCCAGCCUUCCAAGCUCUACUGUGACUUCAGAGACACUGCCAAGCAGCCUUAGCCCUAGUGUAGAGAAAUACAGGUAUCAGGAUGAAGAUACACCUCCUCAAGAGCAUAUUUCCCCACAAAUCACAAAUGAAGUGAUAGGUCCAGAAUUGGUUCAUGUCUCAGAGAAGAACUUAUCAGAGAUUGAGAAUGUCCAUGGAUUUGUUUCUCAUUCUCAUAUUUCACCAAUAAAGCCAACAGAAGCUGUUCUUCCCUCUCCUCCCACUGUCCCUGUGAUCCCUGUCCUGCCAGUCCCUGCUGAGAAUACUGUCAUCCUACCCACCAUACCACAGGCAAAUCCUCCCCCAGUACUGGUCAACACAGAUAGCUUGGAAACACCAACUUACGUUAAUGGCACAGAUGCAGAUUAUGAAUAUGAAGAAAUCACACUUGAAAGGGGAAAUUCAGGGCUUGGUUUCAGCAUUGCAGGAGGUACGGACAACCCACACAUUGGAGAUGACUCAAGUAUUUUCAUUACCAAAAUUAUCACAGGGGGAGCAGCCGCCCAAGAUGGAAGAUUGCGGGUCAAUGACUGUAUAUUACGAGUAAAUGAAGUAGAUGUUCGUGAUGUAACACAUAGCAAAGCAGUUGAAGCGUUGAAAGAAGCAGGGUCUAUUGUACGCUUGUAUGUAAAAAGAAGGAAACCAGUGUCAGAAAAAAUAAUGGAAAUAAAGCUCAUUAAAGGUCCUAAAGGUCUUGGGUUUAGCAUUGCUGGAGGUGUUGGAAAUCAGCAUAUUCCUGGGGAUAAUAGCAUCUAUGUAACCAAAAUAAUCGAAGGAGGUGCAGCACAUAAGGAUGGCAAACUUCAGAUUGGAGAUAAACUUUUAGCAGUGAAUAACGUAUGUUUAGAAGAAGUUACUCAUGAAGAAGCAGUAACUGCCUUAAAGAACACAUCUGAUUUUGUUUAUUUGAAAGUGGCAAAACCCACAAGUAUGUAUAUGAAUGAUGGCUAUGCACCACCUGAUAUCACCAACUCUUCUUCUCAGCCUGUUGAUAACCAUGUUAGCCCAUCUUCCUUCUUGGGCCAGACACCAGCAUCUCCAGCCAGAUACUCCCCAGUUUCUAAAGCAGUACUUGGAGAUGAUGAAAUUACAAGGGAACCUAGAAAAGUUGUUCUUCAUCGUGGCUCAACGGGCCUUGGUUUCAACAUUGUAGGAGGAGAAGAUGGAGAAGGAAUAUUUAUUUCCUUUAUCUUAGCCGGAGGACCUGCUGAUCUAAGUGGAGAGCUCAGAAAAGGAGAUCGUAUUAUAUCGGUAAACAGUGUUGACCUCAGAGCUGCUAGUCAUGAGCAGGCAGCAGCUGCAUUGAAAAAUGCUGGCCAGGCUGUCACAAUUGUGGCACAAUAUCGACCUGAAGAAUACAGUCGUUUUGAAGCUAAAAUACAUGAUUUACGGGAGCAGAUGAUGAAUAGUAGUAUUAGUUCAGGGUCAGGUUCUCUUCGAACUAGCCAGAAGCGGUCCCUCUAUGUCAGAGCCCUUUUUGAUUAUGACAAGACUAAAGACAGUGGGCUUCCCAGUCAGGGACUGAACUUCAAAUUUGGAGAUAUCCUCCAUGUUAUUAAUGCUUCUGAUGAUGAAUGGUGGCAAGCCAGGCAGGUUACACCAGAUGGUGAGAGCGAUGAGGUCGGAGUGAUUCCCAGUAAACGCAGAGUUGAGAAGAAAGAACGAGCCCGAUUAAAAACAGUGAAAUUCAAUUCUAAAACGAGAGAUAAAGGGGAGAUCCCUGACGACAUGGGAUCAAAAGGCCUGAAGCAUGUAACUUCUAAUGCCAGCGAUAGUGAAAGUAGUUACCGUGGUCAAGAAGAAUACGUCUUAUCUUAUGAACCAGUGAAUCAACAAGAAGUUAAUUAUACUCGACCAGUGAUCAUAUUGGGACCUAUGAAAGACAGGAUAAAUGAUGACUUGAUCUCAGAAUUUCCUGACAAAUUUGGAUCCUGUGUUCCUCAUACAACUAGACCAAAACGAGAUUAUGAGGUAGAUGGAAGAGAUUAUCAUUUUGUGACUUCAAGAGAGCAGAUGGAAAAAGAUAUCCAGGAACAUAAAUUCAUUGAAGCUGGCCAGUAUAACAAUCAUCUAUAUGGAACAAGUGUUCAGUCUGUACGAGAAGUAGCAGAAAAGGGCAAACACUGUAUCCUUGAUGUGUCUGGAAAUGCCAUAAAGAGAUUACAGAUUGCACAGCUUUACCCUAUCUCCAUUUUUAUUAAACCCAAAUCCAUGGAAAAUAUCAUGGAAAUGAAUAAGCGUCUAACAGAAGAACAAGCCAGAAAAACAUUUGAGAGAGCCAUGAAACUGGAACAGGAGUUUACUGAACAUUUCACAGCUAUUGUACAGGGGGAUACGCUGGAAGACAUUUACAACCAAGUGAAACAGAUCAUAGAAGAACAAUCUGGUUCUUACAUCUGGGUUCCGGCAAAAGAAAGGCUAUGAAAACUCAUGUUUCUCUGUUUCUCUUUUCCACAAUUCCAUUUUCUUUGGCAUCUCUUUGCCCUUUCCUCUGGAGUCUUUCUUGAGUACUGAUUUCAUGUUGAAUUGUAUCCCACACAUCAUGGUCUGCAGCUUCUUUUUCACAUGUAGUGUCUCCUUCAAGUUACAUCGUGUGUAUUAUUUAAUGUCACUAUUGGUUAGUGGCCAUUUUUCAGAACUGAAGAUGGAAUGGCCUGACCAGCUAUUAAGAAUGUGGGGAGACGCAGAAAUUGUGGUAAAAUUCCUUAAUGUUUAAGGGAAAGUAACUUUAAGAGAUUUUUGGAAAAGCUUUAUAUACAUUCUUUUCAAAUUUCAGUACAAAUGAAAAAGUGGUUUUAAUCAGUGAUUUAGUAGACUUUGAGCAACUGUGCACGCUUCAGUUUAAUAGCAUGGUUUGGCCAGUGUAUUACUCUCAAGUCCUUUUCUCAAUCAACUUCUAUCAAAGCAAUUGUUUCAUUAUAGAUAAAUAAGGACAACAUUUUUUAAUUUAAAAAUUCAUGUCUGAGUUGACUUUCAUGAGGGAUUUCAUUUUUUCCUCAGCAUUCUUAAAGCCUUUUAGUAUUUGACAGUUCUUUUUUCCCAGGACAUUUGCGAGGAAUAACAACGUUUCAAUGUUUUUAAUCUACUUGAGCAACACUAUCGUGUCUUACAAAAGUUGUUCAUAUGUAAAUGAUCAUCACAUUUCGUGAAUUGAGGCCAUGUUCAGGUGCUAAGGAAGUUCGCCUUUUACACAGAAGAUUGAGAAAAUUUCCUAGAUAUAAAUACAGAUAAAUCAGACGUUACAGUGGUGACGUAGUAACCAUCAUGGCAAUGGAAAGGAGUCCAAUUCAUAGCCUAAAACUUCAAAUGUAUUCUUAGGAGUCAGAUUUUACUGAAUAUUUUACCCACAAUAGCUGCCUAUUUUGUUAUAAUAAAAUAUAUAUAAAUAUAUAUAUAAAACUUUCUUUAACUAAACUGUAACUAUGGGAAUUAUUUUCUUUACAUAGUUGCACACACACACAAACAUAUAUAUAUAUUUAAAAUAUAUUUUGUUUCUUUUGCCACCUACUCCUAACUUUUUGUUUGGUUUUUAAAUUAAAUAUUAAUUGAAUAGACUUAUCUUCCUUAAUCAUGUGAACUGAAAAUGGGGGCAUGGUGGUCAUGAGGAGGAAACAUUUAGGGAAAUUAUAAGUAAAAGUAUGGGCAUAUUCUCCUCUUUUCUACAAAAGUUUUCAAAUGGUUCCUGAGGUUUUUUGUUGUUGUCCUUGUUGUUACUGUUGUUCUUGUCAUCAGGUUUGAUUUUGGUCCUUGCCCUUUCCUUCUAGUUCUCCUUUUAUUAAUAGGAAGGCAGGCAAAAGCCCCAUUUAUGUGUGUGUUUUCCCCUCAGACAGCUUUCCUCCACUGCUCUGCACUAGAAUUGCACAAAUCUUCAUGGUGAGCAAUUUUAAGAAAUGUUAGUGAAAGGUAGAAAUUAUUUCACAAAUCAGUUUCUCUGGUCCUUCAUAUUAAUAUUUGGCUUCCCAUUGCUCUUUGGAGUUGUUUAUUAGAUAUGUGUUUUUGACAACCUCCUCAUUACAGUUUCUUAAAGAAAUGAGUACUGGUUUGUAAAGAAUUAUCAACAUUAUCCAUUCCAUUUAUGAAGAAGAGGAGAACAGCUAAUAAACUGUAUUGUAAAAUCCA